AAUGGUUUUUCUUCUGGCAGAAGGAAGAGGCAGAGGCUGCUGAUGGCUCGCCCGCGGUCCCUGCUCCCCUUCCUCCAGGAUCUCAGCAGCAUUCCUGCCUGGAGAUGAGCUGACGGACAGCCGGAGCCAGCGGGGCACCUUUCCAUGAGAUUCCCACAUCCCCUGCAUCUUCCCGGGAUCUGUCCUGUCCUCCAUCUCCCCGUCUCCUGGAUCUGUACCUGCUGUACGAGGUUUUUCAAUGUCAGUCUCGAGGAGGCACGGUGAUAGCUGCCCGCCCUGCGUCCGGGCGAGAGAUGGAACGCAACAGAGCGGAGACUACGCCCGUCAUGCAGCUGUCUCUCUGCCCGGCCCCUGCUCCUUCCACGCCCGCUGCUUUUGAGGCCUAAAUCUUUUUACCACUUUCUAUGACUUCGGACAUGUUUCAAGCUCCAGUUAUGUACACCGCACGCUUAUUAACAUCACCACCCAAGAACGCUGCCCUGCCGGUCUGAGGGGUGGAAGAAAAAAAAAUUACACCUAUGACCCAAAUUAUUAUAUUUUUUUAGUUCUAUUUUGCUUUUUUUUUUUCCUUUUCAAAUUCUAUCGCUUUUUGUAGUCUUCAUUUCUUCUCUUUUGCUGAAUACCUGUUGUGUUUUGCUUCGCUUUAAUUGAAAACACCAAAUCCAGAGACUGCCGCUUAAUUUUUUUUUUAAAUGUAAUUUUUUUGUAUACCGUAAUCUCCGCUCUGGGCUCCAGGAAUUUCCAGGAGCCCUCUGCCACCUACCUGCACUCUCCCCAUGGCGCCGGAUCUCCGAGCCCCUUUCAUGCUCUGGCUCCUGGCCGCCUGCCCUGCGGCUGGCCAGAAAGGCGACGACAAAUACCCGGUGGUGAGCACCAACUAUGGAAAACUGCGUGGAGUUAAGAAAGAUCUAAACAACGAGAUCCUGGGCCCUGUUGUACAGUAUUUGGGAGUUCCCUAUGCAACCCCCCCUAUAGGAGAACGCAGGUUUCAGCCACCGGAGGCCCCAGCGUCUUGGACAGAGACCAGGAAUGCCACAAUGUUUGCUCCUGUUUGCCCACAAAACCUGCAUGGAAUGUUACCGGGGAUUAUGCUGCCUUUGUGGUUCACAGAGAACAUGGACGUGGUGGCUGGAUACGUACAAAACCAGAGCGAAGAUUGUCUGUACCUCAACGUCUACGUUCCCUUGGAAGAUGGUCCCAUUUCCAAAUCUCGGGAGGAGUCCAGAAAGUCUCAGCACACUCCAGACGAAGAUAUCCGGGACAGCGGUAAGAAACCGGUCAUGCUGUUCAUCCAUGGAGGAUCUUAUAUGGAGGGUACUGGGAACAUGUUUGAUGGUAGCGUGCUUGCGGCGUAUGGAAACGUCAUAGUGGUGACUAUGAACUACAGACUGGGCGUCCUCGGCUUCAUGAGCACAGGAGACCAAGCUGCCAAAGGUAAUUAUGGGCUCCUGGACCAGAUACAAGCUUUACGCUGGCUGGAGGAGAACAUCGGCCAUUUUGGAGGAGACCCUGAGAGGAUCACCAUAUUCGGGUCAGGGGCUGGAGCAUCAUGUGUCAGCCUCCUCAUUCUCUCCCACCACUCUGAAGGCCUGUUCCAGAAAGCCAUUGCCCAAAGUGGAACUGCCAUUUCUAGCUGGUCUGUAAACUAUGAACCUCUGAAGUACACCCGUCUAUUAGCAGCGAAGGUCGGCUGUGACUAUCCAGACAAUUUACAGAUGGCGAACUGCCUUAGAAGAAAGCCCUACAGAGAUCUGGUGGAUCAGGAUAUCCAACCCGCCAGAUAUCACAUUGCCUUUGGGCCUGUUGUGGAUGGUGACGUGGUCCCAGAUGACCCUGAGAUUUUGAUGGAACAGGGAGAGUUCCUCAACUAUGACAUACUGAUGGGCGUGAAUCAAGGUGAGGGCCUCAAAUUUGUAGAGGAUACUCUGGAGAAUGAGGAUGGGAUAUCUGCCAGCUACUUUGAUUUUACUGUGUCAAACUUUGUGGAUAACCUCUAUGGCUAUCCGGAAGGGAAGGACGUCCUUCGUGAGACCAUCAAGUUUAUGUACACAGACUGGGCCGACCGCGACAAUGGCGACAUGAGAAGAAAGACUCUGUUGGCCCUUUUUACCGACCAUCAAUGGGUGGCACCAGCUGUGGCAACCGCUCGCUUUCAUGCUGAAUAUGAAUCCCCCGUCUACUUCUAUGCUUUCUACCACCGCUGCCAGGCGGAAGGACGGCCUGAAUGGGGAGAAGCUGCCCAUGGGGAUGAAGUGCCCUACGUCUUUGGUGUACCCAUGGUGGGAGCCACAGACCUGUUCCCAUGCAAUUUCUCCAAAAAUGAUGUUAUGCUCAGUGCUGUGGUCAUGACGUACUGGACAAACUUUGCAAAAACUGGGGAUCCAAACCAGCCUGUCCCCCAAGAUACCAAGUUCAUCCAUACAAAGCCCAACCGCUUUGAGGAGGUAGUAUGGACAAAGUUUAACCCUAAAGAGAAGCAGUAUUUACACAUUGGCCUAAAGCCCCGGGUUAGAGACAACUAUCGUGCCAACAAAGUGGCUUUCUGGUUGGAGCUAGUCCCUCAUCUUCACAACCUCAAUACUGUCCAACACCCUUCCACAACCACCAGAUUACCACCCAACAACCGCUGGUCAUCUAGUACCAAGGGAAACAGUGGGAGCAGCACACGUCGACCGCCUUCCACACUCCCUUCGGAUGGGGAUGAUAGAGAUGAGGAAGAUAAUCGGCCUCGAUUUUCUCCUUUUCCUGGGGACACCCGUGACUACUCAACAGAGCUAAGUGUGACAGUAGCAGUGGGGGCUUCCCUUCUAUUUCUCAACAUUUUGGCUUUUGCUGCCCUUUACUACAAAAGAGACAGACGUCAUGAACUGCGGCAAAGGCGUCACAGUCCUGGGCGGGGAGGAGCCCCCGGCAAUGACCUGGCACAUCAUGGACCAGAAGAAGAGCUUAUGUCCCUUCAGAUCAAGAGAGCCGGGGGGGCCCCGGACCUGGAACCACUGAGGCCACAUGAUAUACUGCGACCAGCUUGUCCUCCCGACUAUACAUUGGCAUUGAGAAGGGCCCCUGAGGACGCUCCACUCCCUCCGCCACCACCACCUCCCGCCUCUGUUAUGGCUCCAAGCACCAUUUCAGGCCUUCCCUCAUUACAUCCUUUCAAUACAUUCCCCACCACGGCCCACAACAAUACCCUUCCCCACCCGCAUUCAACCACAAGGGUAUAGUGGUACUAGUCAUCUCUCCCCAUACACACAAGUUGCCCCUGUCUCUCCCUUCCUCUUAUGAACAGCAACAUUGGCUUUCUGGGCCUACAAAGCCUGAGCUGGAUUUUGCCUUACGGCAGGGGAUGGGGGUAGAUGAAAAUGACUUGUUUAUAAGGAGGGGGUCAGACAACAACUACCCACGCUCCCCAUGCCCCUUUCUACUCCUCCUCAGGCUUCAUAAACUGCUCCCCAGCGACCAACUUUCAGGUCUGUGAAAUCUGAACUGGAAUUUCUGCCUACGUCACAGGGGGGGAAGGGAGGGGAACAGGGUCAAAAGUGAUGACGGGGCGGUUAUUUAACGGGAUGUGGGGGAAGUUAAAGUGUUUUGAUCAAAUAAAUUAUACCCCCUGUUUCUCUUUAUAGAAAGGGAUGGGGGAGAGUGGAUAUCGGAGGAAGAGAGGUCUAAUUGAUUAGGCCAAAGCCUCCAGUGACUCAAUUCUACACCUGCUUUAUUUUUAUUCAUAGACAAUGAUCGUUCGAUGGGGACUUUACACUGGGUGGAGGCGUCACAGAUACCCCAAGUAUGGUGCGUUACCUGCACUGACUCGUCACGGACUGAUCUGCUCCCGAACAGCCGAAAAUGACCACCACAGAAGAGGGGAAACAAGAGCUGUCCCCUUAAAUGGAGAAGGGGGUGAAUGUAUAGGGGAGGGGGUGAAUGCAUGAGAGGCCAAAUUAAGCCCCUCCCCUUAAACACACACAGUGCCAAUUAUCCUCCUCCAUCUCUCUGGCAAGGCUGGCUCAUAGAUUACCGGGGGGCUGGUCGAAUGGUUGAAGGUGCCCUGCCGCUCCACUGCCACGGUCCCCAAGAUCCCUCUGAGUAUCACAGGAGGGGAAGGGAACUGUAAAUGUGCCAAAAUAACAGUGAGGGAGUUUCUCAUGAUGGGUCUUUAUUCUUCUUAUAUUACGUUUAUCAACAUUUUCCCUCAAAUCUUCUUUGCUAAUUUUUCUUCUCUCUGAUCCUCAAAUUCCUCUUCAUUUUAAUCUUCCCCUUCCGGGACCCUGUCCUGACAUCGCUCUCUUUUCUCCCCCUCUAUUUACCAAUUCCCCCGUCACAGAACCGGGCUGUGCCCGCCGCAGGGGUCAGCAAUCAGAAGCACAUAGAUAUACGCUUUCCCGCUGUGGACAUGGGGCAGAGACAGGAGAAUCCGGCACAUAUUGCCAGUCUUAGAUGUUUACAAGAAGAUUCAAUGGGAAUGUGGACUAAACCCGGCAGAGACCAUUACUCAUCAUUAAUAGGGCACAGCCUCAACCAAACAUGCAGGAUUAAUAUAAGUUAUAGGGUCAGUGACCCCUCUGAUGGAAUAAUAGUGUCACACACACAGGAUUCCUAUAAGUUAUAGGGUCAGUGAUUCCUCUGAUGGGAUAAUAGUGUUACACACACAUUAUACCUAUAAGUUAUUGGGUCAGUGACCCCUCUGAUGGGAUAAUAGUGUCACACACACACAGGAUACCUAUAAGUUAUAGGGUCAGUGACCCCUCUGAUGGGAUAAUAGUGUCACACACACACAGGAUACCUAUAAGUUAUAGGGUCAGUGUCCUCUCUGAUGGGAUAAUAGUGUCACACACAGGAUACCUAUAAGUUAUAGGGUCAGUGACCCCUCUGAUGGGAUAAUAGUGACACACACACAGGAUACCUAUAAGUUAUAGGGUCAGUGACCUCUCUGAUGGGAUAAUAGUGUCACACACACACACAGGAUACCUAUAAGUUAUAGGGUCAGUGUCCUCUCUGAUGGGAUAAUAGUGUCACACACAGGAUACCUAUAAGUUAUAGGGUCAGUGACCCCUCUGAUGGGAUAAUAGUGACACACACACAGGAUACCUAUAAGUUAUAGGGUCAGUGACCCCUCUGAUGGGAUAAUAGUGACACACACACAGGAUACCUAUAAGUUAUAGGGUCAAUGACCCCUCUGAUGGGAUAAUAGUGUCACACACACACAGGAUACCUAUAAGUUAUAGGGUCAGUGGCUCCUCUAAUGGGAUAAUAGUUUCACACACACAGGAUACCUAUAAGUGAUAGGGUCAGUGACCCCUCUGAUGGGAUAAUAGUGUCACACACAGGAUAUCUAUAAGUUAUAGGGUCAAUGACCCCUCUGAUGGGAUAAUAGUGUCACACACAGGAUACCUAUAAGUUAUAGGGUCAGUGACCCCUCUGAUGGGAUAAUAGCGUCACACACAGGAUACCUAUAAGUUGUAGGGUUAGUGACCCCUCUGAUGGGAUAAUAGUGUUACACACACAGGAUACCUAUAAGUUAUAGGGUCAGUGACCCCUCUGAUGGGAUAAUAGUGUUACACACACAGGAUACCUAUAAGUUAUAGGGUCAGUGACUCCUCUGAUGGGUUAAUAGUGUCACACACACACACACACACACACACACACACACACACACACACACACACACACACACACACACGAUACCUAUAAGUUAUUGGGGCAAGUGACCCCUCUGAUGGGAUAAUAGUGUCAUACACAGGAUACCUAUAAGUUAUUGGGGCAAGUGACCCCUCUGAUGGGAUAAUAGUGUCAUACACAGGAUACCUAUAAGUUAUAGGGUCAGUGACUCCUCUGAUAGGAUAAUAGUGUCACACACACAGGAUACCUAUAAGUUAUAGGGUCAGUGACCCCUCUGAUGGGAUAAUAGUGUCACACACAGGAUACCUACAAGUUAUAGGGUCAGUGACUCCUCUGAUAGGAUAAUAGUGUCACACACAGGAUACCUAUAAGUUAUAGGGUCAGUGACCCCUCUGAUGGGAUAAUAGUGUCACACACAGGAUACCUAUAAGUUAUAGGAUCAGUGACCCCUCUGAUGGGAUAAUAGUGUCACACACACAGGAUACCUAUAAGUUAUAGGAUCAGUGACCCCUCUGAUGGGAUAAUAGUGUCACACACAGGAUACCUAUAAGUUAUAGGGUCAGUGAUCCCUCUGAUGGGAUAAUAGUGUCACACACAGGAUACCUAUAAGUUAUAGGGUCAGUGAUCCCUCUGAUGGGAUAAUAGUGUCACACACACAGGAUACCUAUAAGUUAUAGGGUCAGUCACCCCUCUGAUGGGAUAAUAGUGUCACACACAGGAUACCUAUAAGUUAUAGGGUCAGUCACCCCUCUGAUGGGAUAAUAGUGUCACACACAGGAUACCUAUAAGUUAUAGGGUCAGUGACCCCUCUGAUGGGAUAAUAGUGUCACACACACACAGGAUACCUAUAAGUUAUAGGGUCAGUGACCCCUCUGAUGGGAUGAUAGUGUCACACACACACAGGAUACAUAUAAGUUAUAAGGUCAGUGACCCCUCUGAUGGGAUAAUAGUGUCACACACACAGGAUACCUAUAAGUUAUAGGGUCAGUGACCCCUCUGAUGGGAUAAUAGUGUCACACACACAGGAUACCUAUAAGUUAUAGGGUCAGUGUCCCCUCUGAUGGGGAUAAUAGUGUUACACACACAGGAUACCUAUAAGUUAUAGGGUCAGUGAUCCCUCUGAUGGGAUAAUAGUGUCACACACACAGGAUACCUAUAAGUUAUAGGGUCAGUGACCCCUCUGAUGGGAUAAUAGUGUCACACACAGGAUACCUAUAAGUUAUAGGGUCAGUGAUCCUUCUGAUGGGAUAAUAGUGUCACACACACAGGAUACCUAUAAGUUAUAGGGUCAGUGACUCCUCUGAUGGGAUAAUAGUGUCACACACACAGGAUACCUAUAAGUUAUAGGGUCAGUGACCCCUCUAAUGGGAUAAUAGUGUUACACACACAGGAUAUCUAUAAGUUAUAGGGUCAGUGAUCUCUCUGAUGGGACAAGAGGAUACCUAUACCUCCAUCUGAGGGGUCACUGACCCUAUAACUUAUAGAUAUCCUGUGUGUGUGACACUAUUAUCCCAUAAGAGGGGUCACUGACCCUAUAACUUAUAGGUAUUCUGUGUGUGUGACACUAUUAUCCCAUCAGAGGGUCACUGACCCUAUAACUUAUAGGUAUCCUGUGUGUGUGACACUAUUACCCCAUCAGAGGGGUCACUGACCCUAUAACUUAUAGGUAUCCUGUGUGUGACACUAUUAUCCCAUCAGAGGGGUCACUGACCCUAUAACAUAUAGAUAUCCUGUGUGUGUGACACUAUUAUCCCAUCAGAGGGGUCACUGACCCUAUAACUUAUAGAUAUCCUGUGUGUGUGACACUAUUAUCCCAUCAGAGUGGUCACUGGCCCUAUAACUUAUAGGUAUCCUGUGUGUGUGACACUAUUAUCCCAUCAGAGGGGUCACUGACCCUAUAACUUAUAGGUAUCCUGUGUGUGUGACACUAUUAUCCCAUCAGAGGGGUCACUGACCUUAUAACUUAUAGGUAUCCUGUGUGUGUGACACUAUUAUCCCAUCAGAGGGGUCACUGACCCUAUAACUUAUAGGUAUCCUGUGUGUGUGACACUAUUAUCCCAUCAGAGGGGUCACUGACCCUAUAACUUAUAGGUAUCCUGUGUGUGUGACGCUAUUAUCCCAUCAGAGGGGACACUGACCCUAUAACUUAUAUGUAUCCUGUGUGUGUGACACUAUUAUCCCAUCAGAGGAGUCACUGACCCUAUAACUUAUAGGUAUCAUGUGUGUGUGUGUGUGUGUGUGUGUGUGUGUGUGUGUGUGUGUGUGUGUGUGUGUGUGUGUGUGUGUGACACUAUUAUCCCAUCAGAGGGGACACUGACCCUAUAACUUAUAGGUAUCAUGUGUGUGUGUGUGUGUGUGUGUGUGUGUGUGUGACACUAUUAUCCCAUCAGAGGGGACACUGACCCUAUAACUUAUAGGUAUCAUGUGUGUGUGUGUGUGUGUGUGUGUGUGUGUGUGUGUGUGUGUGUGUGUGUGUGUGUGUGACACUAUUAUCCCAUCAGAGGGGUCACUGACCCUAUAACUUAUAGGUAUCCUGUGUGUGUGAUACUAUUAUCCCAUCAGAGGGGUCGCUGACCCUAUAACUUAUAGGUAUCCUGUGUGUGUGACACUAUUAUCCCAUCAGAGGGGUCACUGACCCUAUAACUUAUAGGUAUCCUGUGUGUGUGACACUAUUAUCCCAUCAGAGGGGUCACUGACCCUAUAACUUAUAGGUAUCCUGUGUGUGUGACACUAUUAUCCCAUCAGAGGGGUCGCUGACCCUAUAACUUAUAGGUAUCCUGUGUGACAUUAUUGUGAAUACUAUUCUAUACUUUGGAAGACAUCCUUAGUGGGAUUGUGUAUGGGGGGGAAUAACACCUUUUACAAACGCAUUUUUCUAGACAUUUUGUCGGCUGCCGCCCAGUUUAAUGUGAACGUUUCAUCGGAAACGCCUCCUGCCCCUCUCUGAUCUUAACAAGAUUUAUAUGAUAUAGAUUGUUCUAUAAUUAAAGGGAAAAUACGGAAUAUAUAAAUAUAUAUUUAUGCACUGGAUGGUGCAGACACAGCUGGGUGUAUAUAGGCAGGCAUACAUACAUAUAUAUAUAUAUAUAUAUAUAUAUAUAUGUGAGGACAUUGUGCGAGAGACGUUACAUUCUCUGCAUCUCUUGGUCAUUGUGGAACCUUCACUGACAGAGCCGCAGAAAAUCCAACGUCCCCACACCACAGAGUACAAUGGCCCAGCUAUAUAUAGAUAUAUGUGUGUAAAAUAUACAUCAUGUGAAGGCACAGGAGAUGCCUUAUUGCCUUUUUUGGGGUCCUGGCACUGAUUUGGUUAAAUGCUGGCACUUUUUUUUUUUUCUUUCAUUUUCUUCUGUUUUUGGGAUCUUGGACUGAAAUAAAAUGACAAAUUUUGGUGAAA